GCUUCGGGGCUAACGUGGUCAUGUAUGCGUACCCAGAAGAAAUCAAGUGUCGAUGUUUCCUGGCGACGCUGGAAGGGCAGGCUUGUGAGUGGUUCCACAAGUUACCCAAGGGGUCGAUAGAUAAGUGGAGCGACCUGGCCCACAAGUUCUUGGAGCACUUCGCAUCCAGCCGAAGGCAGAAGCUCCCCUUCUCGCAUCUGCUCAACGUGAGGAUCCGGAAGGGGGAACAGCUCCGGGAAUUUAUUAAUAGGUGGGAGAAGGAGGCUAGGGACGUCCAAGGGGCGGACGACCAGGCCCUGAUCGCUAUGCUCCAAGCUGCACUCCCUCAAGGGGAUGUGCGCAAGGAGUUGCAUCGGAAUCCUCUCUCAACCUAUCAAGAGAUGUUGGCUAGGGCGAAGUACUUGGCAUUAGAAGAAGAUGAUGAUGAGCCACCAGUCCGGAAGGAGAAGAAAAACGGGCCACCGGUGGCAGAAGGGAAGAAAAGAAAGGACUAUGGAAAGGGGCCAAACCCCACCGGGUAUCAUGUGAAUAGGCAUCCUGUUCAUGCGGUACAGUCGUUACCUGCUCCCCUCACAGUCGGGAAAGCUAUGGUGUGCAGGAUGCACCCAAAUACU